AUGUCGUUCUGGCCUUUCACCAAUAGUUUUAAUAAUAAUAGUCAACUACAAAAGUUUCUUGAUAAUAUCCAGGAUUAUUCUCAAGUUACCAUUGAUAGCAUUUUAAAUGAUGUUAAUCUACUGCAAGAGUUAGUUAGUGAAUUACAUUCCAUUAAGGGGAAUUAUAAUAAUGUAUCUAACUUUCAAUUCCUGCAACAACUACAGCAACAAUCUGGACAAAUUCUGUUAGCUUCAGAUUCUUCAUCAUCAAAUCAAGUCACUAUACAAAUUGAUAACGAUUCCAAUUCAAUCACUUCGUCCAAUAAUGACAGUGGUAACAAUUCUAAAGAUCCAAGAGGUAUAAAGUUAAUUGAAGUCUUGAUCCAACCUCAUAUUUUGAACGGGUUUUUGGAUUAUAUAGUCAAAAGUGUUGAUUUCUUUCAUGAGUUACAGGUUAAGGAGAAUGAAGAGUUGGAGAAACUUUUGAAUGAAGGAUCUGAAACUGAUGAUUCUGGUACAAAUUCUGCACCUGGAGAGGAUAAUGGGAAUGAAGAGUCUUCUGAAGAUUCUAAUGUCUCCGAAUCCCCUCAAAAUAAAACAGAGUCUGAAUUCAAAGAAGAUAAGGAUGAAGAAGAGGAAAGUCAUGAAGAUAAACUCCGUCGUUGUAUUCAACUAUCAGCAGAAAUCCUUUCAAUUGAUUUAUGGAUCAUUUCAAACAGAAUUCUAGAAACUCCUUCGAUUAUAAAGAAAUUAUGGCUGAUUCUUUAUUUGGACAAUCUUGAUGAAAGUUCUCCCCUGGUAACUCAUGUAGUUCAUAUUUUAGAUCAAUUGAUGGAUACUAACAGUGUAGAGUUAUUGAAUUUUAUCAGAAGUAGAGACGAUUUGGUCGAUACCUUUUUAAACAAACUAGAAGUUCCUAUGUUGAUGGAUUUCUUCUUAAGAAUCAUACAAAGUGAUAAACCAGAUAAACCUACAGGGAUUAUUGAAACUUUAUAUCAUCAAAAUUUAAUACCAAAAUUGAUCGAUGUGUUAAAACCAGAUAUUUCCCAAUUUCAAACCAGUCAUUCUAUUAUACCAAAUAAUAGAUUAUUUUUCAAACAAACUGCUGCUACAGACUUUAUAAAAGCUUUGAUAACCAUCAGUUCAAACACAGCAUUGGCAGUCGUUGUUGAAGCUAAUAUUGGACCUAAUCAAUUAACUAGACAAUUGGUUUCUCCUAAAAUCAUUAACCAAAUGAUCAAUGACAUCAUGUUGUAUACUGUUGAAGAUAAAGCCAACAACAUCAAAUUAACCAAUAAACAUGGUAUCAACAAUUGUGUUUCAAUCAUCAUUGAAUUGAUCAGAAAAAACAACAGUGAUUAUGAUUUGAAUUGUGGUUCAUAUAGUUCAUUAUUACCUACCCACAAUGGUGAAGCUACUGAAGUUAAUUCUUACGUAAUGUUUCAAUGGUUGAAAGAUUUUGAACAAAAUGUUCCUAGUGUUAGAGACCCGAUUUUUUUGGGUGAUAUGUUGACCAUAUUCUCUGACAAUUUAAAGAAUUUCAAUGAUUUAAUGGAUCUAGAACCUGAAUUGCCUACAAACAUCAACAAGGACAAUAAAAUCUUAGGUUUCACCAAAUUUAAAUUAUCUGAAUUGAUUGCUGAAUUAUUACAUUGUUCAAAUAUGAUCCUCAUCAAUUCUAAAAAAAUAAAGAAGAUAGUUGAAAUCAGAGAUAAGAUAAGAGAUAGACAAGUUGAAAGACUCCAUAAAGCAUUAAAUGAAGACAUCACCGAUUUAUCUGAUAGUGUUAGUGAAAUUUCAUUAAAUGAAGAAGAUUUCGAAGACUUGCUCAAUGGGGAAACAAAAGAUUUUAAUAAACUCAUAGAUACUAUGGAUCUAAAUGAAGAAAGUGAUGUUGAUGAACCAAGUAUCUCUUCAGAAAAUCCAUUUGUUUGUCAAGAAAGAGAUAAGCUGAUUAGAGCAAAUCCAAGUAUCGGAGAUUAUUUAAAGAUGAAGUUAGUGGAUUCAAAUAUCUUGAUUAACAUCGUUUCCAAGUUCACAGAAUAUUCCUGGCAUAAUUUCUUCCACAAUGUAGUGUUUGAUUUAAUCCAACAGAUAUUCAAUGGGAAGCUCAAUUCUUAUAAUUCGUUUUUGAUUUCACAUUUGUUCAACAGUGAUGGUUAUAAUUUAACCAAAGUCAUUGUUGAAGCUUACAGGGAAGAUUAUAAAUUAAGACCAGGAUAUUUAGGACACUUGAUUUUAAUAAGUGAAGAAGUAGUGAAAUUCACUUCAUUAUAUAAACCUGAUUUGAUUUCUCCAUUAAUAGUUGAUUCUAUUAAUUCUGAUGAAUGGCAUUGGUUUGUUAAUGAGAUCUUAUUGAAAACUAGAGAAGUUUACAAUGUUGUCUUAGGUGCAGAAACUGAUGUUGGAGAUGAUGAAGACGACGAUGAUGAUGAUGAUGAUCAUCCCAAAUCUAAAAAGAAUUUAUUCGGAUUCGAUUCUGAUAACGUUGGUCAUUUAGAUAUGGGUUCAUCAUACAAUAAAUCCAUACCAAAAAUUGAUGAAGUUAUAAAUGAAGAUGAUGACGAAGAAGAAGAAGAUAUAAUGACAUCGAUGUCAAGUGUCAGAAUUCAAGAUAUGUCACCUAAACCUGAACAAAUGAAUGAUGAUGUUUUAAGUGAUGAUUAUGAUGAAGAUGUUGGAGAUUUUUCCCAUGAAGGAUUCCAAGAAAAUCUUUCAGAAUCAAGUAGUGACGAUGACGAUGAUGAUAAUGAUUUUCAAAACGAUAAUAAAUUAACUAGAGUUAAAAAACAUAAUGCUUAG